AUGUUGAACUUGCGUCGUUGUGUUUACUCUGCUUGUUCAUUGCCAAAGUCAUUGUCUCGAUCUGAAUCUACCAAUGCCUAUUCAAGCAAAUGGAUUUCACCAAAUUUAUCAGAAGAGUUGAAGAAGUUUACUGCUAGAAAUCCUCCCCCAGCUACUAUUUGUUUGAUUGGUAAUCCACAUUUACGUCGAAGUAAUGAAUUGGUUCUCAAUCCUGAUCAUGAUUUUGUUCAAGCAGCAAAACUACGGCUUCAUCGUGCUCUUGCUGAUUUCCGACGUCAGAAUGGUUUUGGACGUGGUAUGAGUGCUUGCCAAAUAGGCGUUAAUUUACGUAUGAUUGCUCUCAAUCUGGGUUAUGGGCCGUUAACACUGAUUAAUCCAGAAAUAGUAUGGUCGUCAUCAGAUAAGAUUACAAUGUGGGACGAUUGUAUGAGUAUUCCGCAUCUACUCGUUAAAAAACAACGUGCAAAAUCGAUCUCUGUCGUUUAUACAGAUGAUCAAGGCAAAAAGCAACAAUGGAAUAAACUUGAUGUAUCAAUUAGUGAAUUAUUACAACAUGAAAUGGAUCAUCUUGAAGGAAUUCUCAAUAUCGAUGUGCCAUAUAGGGAUGAAGAUAUCAACAAGAAUGAAAGUAUAAUUAGUAUGGAUGAAUAUCAGAGAAACAAACAUCAUUAUGAUCAACAGGUUGAUUAUAAAAUUGUACCAACCGUUUAA